AUGACACUCGCACGCCAAUCCCUGUCGUCCUUUCGACGUCUCCCAACCGUCACAUCCGCCUUGCGAAGCAAACCCACGUACGGCCCGUAUACCUCGCUACGUAUGGAGUCAGGAAAAGUCAAGACUCCCGUCUCGUCCGAUCUCAAGCACGACAAGGAUGCCACAAACCACACUGAAGGCGCCAUGGCUUCACUCAAGGGCACGCCGGAAAAACAAGACGCAAACUCUUUCGAAAGCCAGCAGAACUUGACCGAAAAGGAAAAGAAGACCAACAGUCAGAAUGCGCAGGCGAACGAUAGCAAGGAAGGCAUGGGUGGCGAGACAGACAGUUUUGCAAAGUCGGGAAGAUCACACAAGGUGUAG